GGGAUGGAGGGCGGGCCGAGCGAGGCCUAGUAGUUGGUCCCUGGGGAGCUGAGGAGGUGGGAACAAAGAGGUUGAGUCCGGACCUCCCUCAAGUGGGGAAGGCGGUCUUUGAGAAAUGCCCGCCGCUCAUUCUCACGUUCCUUCCUAGCAGGUCCGUGUCAGCGCCAUGCCCACCUCCGUGCCCCCAAGUAACAGGCGGGGGGCAGCCUAUUCCACCCCACCCUCCCCUGCUAGCUCCGAAGACGAGGGGGCCGGCAAGUCUUCCUCUUUCUCCCUGAUCUCUCCGAGUUUCCACCGAAGUUUCCGCCGCGCGAGGCAGGAGGAAGAGGCAACAUCAGCUAGCAGGGGGUCAAGCAUCCCUCAAAGGAUGAAACAACAUAGUGCAGACCAUUUUAAAGAUACAAAAAGGAAAAAUCGGCCAGUUGUGGAAGAAAAUCUCUCGCCAUGGGAAGAGUGGUUCCUUUCCAAAGAGAAAGAGUUACGUGCUCGACUACAAGAACGAGCUAUGAAGGAGGUGAAUAAGGAAAAGGAGAAAUGGAGGGAAAAACAGGAACGGGAAAGAAAAAAAAUGCUGGCUGAAGAGAAGCACAAAGAGUGGGUCCAGAAAAAAAAUGAAGAGGAAAAACGGGAAAGGGAACUUAAGCUCAGCAAAGAGAUUGCAGAAAAAGCAGCCAAAGAACUUGAGAGAGCACAAUCAAAGGAAAAGUCACGAGAGAUGUAUCAGGAAUGGCUAAAGAAAAAGAAAAUGGAAGAAGGUCAGAAGAAGAAGGAAGAGAAGGAGAAGGAAAAACAACGGGAAGCUGAACUACAGGAGAAAAAAGAAAAAUCAGAGCAGAUGUUCAAAGAAUGGCUGCAAAAUUCCAAAACUAAGCCCCGCCGAGCAUCAGCUGGCUGUGCCUCUGCAGAUGGGAAAGAUACUGGCUAUCCAGACGGAAGUACAUAUCCAGCUCCAGCCUUUUACAAUCCAGUCCCUUGGAAACCAGUUCAUGUGCCUCCUCCCAAGGAAGAGAAGUAUGUUUCAGUGAAGAAAAAUAAGAGGCCUAAAUCCAGUAACACAUAUAGACCUUCAAUGCCUUUUCAUAAAUCCAAAAGCAGUCUUUAUAUUGGGUCAUUGUGCAGAAUCCAGAGAUAGUGCAGGGUUCAUUAUUUUUAUUUUAACUUGGCCUUAUAGUUAAUUUAUGAUGUAUUACUGACAACAUUUUGUGAACAGCUAUCCUUAAUUGUAGGCAAAUGUUUUUGAUUUUCUCGUUAAAAUAAGUCACGCAGGACAAAAUCAGUGUCAUUUUAAUGUAUUAUGUGUAAUGCAUUGUGAGCCAUAUUUUAAACAAUAAAAAGUCAUUAUUUU